GGGCCGCGGGGGCUGCGGGGCCUCGGGGGAGCCGCGGCUCGGGCCCCGCGGGGCUGAGGGCAGCGGCUCCGCGCGCUGCUGUGCGCUCCGGCAGCGGCGCUGGGCUCGGCCGGGCCGGGCAGGGCCCGAGCGGCCUUGACGGGAGAAAGCGAAAGCGAAGCGGGGAAAGGAAGCCGGUGUGCUUCCACUUUCGCUUCCCGUCUCCCUGAGGAAUGCGGGCAUGGCCUGGCUGGACAAGGGGCAGCGGCUGCGCACCGUCAGAGGGCAGGCUCAGCUUCUGCACGCCGUGCCUGCAGGAGUGCCUGAAGCCCAAGAAGCCAGUCUGCGGGGUGUGCCGCAGCACCCUGUCACCCGGGAGCAGGGCUCUGGACUUGGAAAAGCAAAUUGAAACGACAGAAACCACUUGCAACGGCUGCAAUAAAAAAAUGUACCUGUCCAAGAUGCGCAGCCACGCAGCCUCCUGCUCCAAGUACCAGAAUUACAUCAUGGAGGGCGUGAAAGCCGUGACUAAGGAGCCCCUGCACAGCACCAGGAGCUUCCCGAACCGCUUCACCUUCCCCUGCCCGUACUGCAGCGAGAAGAACUUUGACCAGGAGGGGCUGGUUGAGCACUGCAAAGCUUUGCACAGCAUGGAUGCAAAACAAGUGGUGUGCCCAAUUUGUGCCUCAAUGCCGUGGGGGGACCCCAACUACAGGAGUGCUAACUUCAUGGAGCACCUGCAGAGACGCCACCGCUUCUCCUACGACACCUUUGUGGAUUACGAUGCUGAUGAGGAUGACAUGAUGGCGCAGGUUUUGAUGCGCUCCCUGCGGGACAAGUGAUGCAGCCAGAGCAUUUACUGCAACCCAAGCUUCCACGAGGGGGAAAUGCCCAGCAUCCUUGCACUUCUCCCUGCGCAUCCCGAGAUUAACUCAGGCAUCCAGAAGAGCAGAAGACUUUAAUCCUAUCUCAGAUUUAAAUCCUGGUUUGAUAUUUCUGUGCCACUCAGUCUUUUGGUAUCAUGGUCUCUGACAUUCAGCCCUGUCAGCCCCAUUUUUAUACUUGCUUAGACUCAGCUCCAUUGUAGAUCAACACGGGAGAACCAAGGCUUUUUCCUUUGCCUAUGCCUAUAGGUUUCUUUGAACGUUGUGUUUAUUUGACUGUCUAAAAUCAAAAACAUUCCAAAUGGAAUGGCCUGAACUAGAUAAUAAACCUCUUCCCAAUCUCCUUUACAUAUCUCAAGUGUUUGUACGUGAGGUGCACUGGUGGCUCUGCUCCCCUUUAGUGAGACUUCAGGUGCUAACUGUAGCUGUCAGACCAGCUCUCAUUUGAGCGACCUCUGAUACCUGUGAUUCCAUAAUGUCUCCCAGUGUUCCAAUCCUUACAGGCAGCCUCCCAACUGUAUGGAAAACAUAUCCUCAGUAUGAGUGUUCAAACUGCUAACUUUUCUAGGAAAUCUCUGCACUGUGUGAAAACUAGUUCAAAAUACUUCUGUUCUAUGCAUGAUGAUUACUUUCCUCCAUACUCUUACUAUAAUUUCUAGCCUGGAAAAUGAUCUUUAGCGUCGGUCUUAGUUAAAAUGCAUAAUUUUUAAACUAUUUUAGCAAAUAUUAAUCAAAAUUGCUGGCUUUGUGAUUAAAUUGGUGGGUUUGAAACUGGUUUCCUAGUAAUUUUAAGCCUUAUGCUGAUAGGGGAAUUCAGAAGGUUUUUCUCAAUACCUCGGCUUUCUAUUUAAACUAAAAUUUUCAUAUAUGUUCUUGGGUUUUCCAUCUCGCACGGCAAGCUGGUGGGAAAACUUAGGAGUAUUCAUAGCUCUGGCAUAGCACUUCCUUUCUGCAUCACAGGUUUUAUCAGGUAUUUUGGGUUCCUGUUCUUCAUUUAAAUGUCCCUGGAGUGGCUGAAGCUGUACUUGCAUUGUUUGCCAUCUGGCAGUGUGUGUAGAGCCAGGUGUAGCUUUCAAGGAAAAGUGAAACAGAGCCCUGAAAGCCCAAAGUUCAGCCCCUGCUCAGUGGAUACUCUGUGUUCAAGCCUACACUUCUACCAUGGAGAUUCCUUAACUUUAGUGCGAUGCUUUGAUGAAGUUCACGGUGGAGCUGCUGAGAUCUAAGGCGCCUGACCAGAGCCUGUCAGUCAGUGUCGAGAUGUCCAGUGCAAGCGCUGGAAUUGGAGCCUGCACCACCCCAGCCCUGAGUGCUAAUUGAGUACUAAUUAAUUGAUUGAGCAGUAAGCUCCUCCCAUGGUGCUCUGCAGCGCAGCCUUACCCUGAAGAUAAUGAAACGCCCUCCAGCUGAAGCCUCAGCGUGCAGCCCGAGCUCCGGCUCUCUGCUGCCGUGGCGUUUGCGUUUCUUCCCCCGGUGGAGCUGUCACGCUCCCACCCUGAGCCCCUGCGGGGGCCUGGGAGCAGGGCUGUGGGGCUGGGGACGUGGGACCCCUGGAGCCCCUGGUUCCGUGGGGACAGUGCUGUGUUUGGGGGUGCUUGUUGGAGCGCUUGGCCUGCAGAGAGGUGACGGGCUCCGGGGGCCUGGACGGCGUCUCUGGGCUCUGGUCACGGUGCAGUUUGGUGAUGCCCCUUGCCAGGAAUGCAGAUUCCUGCUUCUGUUCUAAGUGCACUUCCAUGCAGCUCUGAUAGAACGUGUAAGGAGCAAUUAGAAGCUUCCAAGCAAUCUGCCAUGUUUUUGACUUUUGAAGACAAGUUACAAAUAAAGGUCAUUUAAUUUAUAAAAUCCUA